UCUGGAUCGGGUGGAACAGUAACCAAUCAUUCCAAUUUACGUUGGCGAAUGACACCUGAGUCACUUCGGCCUCGCAAGAUUUUCAUGCAAGCUCUUUGUUGGUCUCUUGCGCGACGCUACAAUGCCGAUUUUCUGAGCGGCCGGUAGGGCGAGGUCCACUUAGUUGACUUGCAGAUGGCCGGAUGUGCAUGAGGCCACGAUUGAAGCAGUUGAUCAUCGGACCCUGGAGUCUGGACAAAUGGCAGCGGGCCAAUUCGAUAAACUCCACCUCCCGGGAACCAUGGCCUUCAUCGUCACCGGCAAGGGAUCGUGGGCUGCAAGGGGAGCCACUGAGGGCUUGACAAGGUUAAUGACGAUGCUUGUCCCGUGGCGCGCGCCGCUCCAAUACCAGGAAAGCAUGAUGUCCGUCCCGCCAGUUCAAUCGGAAUUUGGGCUGCGAAAGAAGCAUGUUUUGGCAGUGUGGAUAGCAAAAGAAGCUCAUCAGGACAACAAUGACGAGGGAGCGGGUGCAGCGCAUCGCAUCGUAGCAGCAAACAAGUUGGAGAUGCCCUUGGGAGAGGAUGAGGUGUCGUCAGAGGAGAAAGCUCCGGCCACCAAUUUUUCUCCCAUCGCACAAACACUUGGAGACAGCGGUCCACACCGCUUCUUCUCCACCUUCCGGUUCCAACCGCUGCCAGCAGGCAUCAGUCGCAUUCUGCCUCAGGGUCAAGGUCACUCGAUGCGGCUCACCCUCAACUUACCGACGGCUCGUCCUUCAUUGGCUCGUGGCCCGCGUCACUUCAAGUCACCCACCACACCAGACGCGUCAACGCAUCCAGACACUCUCAAGACCACCUCCGAUCCUUCGCCGGCUCGCUUCUCUCCUUCCAGUCAUUCCGGUCAUCUCGCAGUUGCCACCCGUUGCCUAGCGAUAAACGCGGUCAAGUUGCGUGGCCGGAGGACGACUACUUCCACUUCCACCCGAGCUGAAUCAACAGGAUCGAUGCCUCUUUUCACGACCUUGAUCAUCUCAUUCCCAGAUUUCCAAGAGAAAGAUGGCCGGGGAGUUCCCGUCCAGCUGACCGCGCGAAUCCCGGCAAGGCUGUGGGAUCUGCUACCCUGAAGCGUCUGACGAAUGUCCUGCACAGUGCCUUGCGCCCACAGCCGAACAUCGCAACCACGAGAUUAGCUUCUCAGCCCCCAGUUGGGGGCCGUUACCAUGUAGCCCACCGGAGGCCGCUCGGAGAGCCUGGAAUUCGCUGGAAGAACUCUGCUUCAUCCCGUGGACGACUUUCCCUUUCGCCAUUGCAGUUCCAAGAAAAUUUGAACCGCUUGUGUUAUCUACAAGACAUGUAGCCGCGCGGAAGGGUCGAGACAUCGUCAGACACUUGGUGGCGUUCGACAACCCUCCACAGCCUUACGAGGCAGAUUUACUCCUCCGAAACGGAGUUAUCCAUUGCUACUAUCAUUCGCCGGAUUUGCGCACCCACUAUUAAGGCUGCUCCGAGUCAGGCCGGGUUUUCCGGGG